AUGCAACAAUAUGUAGUUGAUUCGUACGUGAAAGUCGAAGGUAACCGUUUGAACUUCAUUCGGCACAACCAAAAGACUCUACGAGUGGAAUCGUACCUGGGACUUGCCGACCACAUAAAUGCCCUCGCUACUGAAGCCGGCAUGAGAGCGGGUGUUACUGUCAUCCUUCCUUCGACAUUCAUCGGGAGUCCGAGAGCAAUGCAGCAAAAUUAUCAAGACGCCAUGUCGAUAGUCAGAGACUAUGGCAAGCCGGACUUGUUUUUGACUUUUACUUGCAACCCAAAGUGGAAAAAAAUCCGGGACAACCUUUUUCCUGGACAAAAGCCGCAUGAUCGUCCUGACUUGGUUGCCCGAGUCUUUGACAUGAAAAAGAAAGCUCUCCUCCAAGAUCUGCAAAAGGAUGGCAUUUUCGGGCGAAUUGUGGCAGAUAUUCAUGUCAUAGCGUUUCAAAAAAGAGGACUGCCACAUAUGCACCUGCUAUUAAUAUUAGCAGAAGAGGAUAAAAUACGUGACCCAGAAACAAUCGACCUAAUAGUGUCGGCAGAACUGCCAGAUGAAACGCUGGAUCCUCGACUACAUGAGAUCGUUAAAUCAACAAUGAUUCACGGCCCAUGCGGGGCACUAAACCCCAAUUCACCAUGCAUAACUGACGGCGUUUGCACAAAAGGGUACCCUAAGUCAUUCACAGCAGUCACGGCUGACAGUGUCAAUGGUUAUGCUAUGUAUCGAUGUCGGGACGACGGAAACCACGUUAUACUCAACGGAAAUUAUGUCUACAAGGGCCACGACUGUGCAAAAGUCGUCUUCGAGGAAAACGGUGAAGGUUCUGUCUCAUGGGAUGAAAUUAAGACCUUUUUGGACGCCAGAUAUGUAUCUGCUCCAGAAGCAAUGUGGCGACUUCUUGAGAAAAAAAUGCACGAUAAGUCCCAUGCAAUUAUUCGCUUGCCUGUUCAUUUGCCUCACAUGCAACCCGUAUACUUUUACGAUGAUGAAGAACGUCAAGCCCUGGAAAGAGCAGCUCAGCGACAAACGAUGCUGACUGCUUGGUUUGAACUGAAUACAAGAGAUCCCGACGCCAAUAUUUAUCUGUAUGUGGACAUUCCUAAACAUUUUGUUUGGAAGAAUAACAAAUGGGAGCGACGAGUACGAUUGGGAGAGAAAAUUGUGUCGAGGUUAUAUUCUGUCAGUCCGAAAGAUAUCGAACGAUUUCAUCUUCGCAUGCUUCUCUUUCACGUCCCGGGAGCAAAGUCUUUUGAAGAGUUACGGACCUUCGAUGGCGUCACGAUGGAGUCUUUCAAGGAGGCAUGUCGAGCUAGGAACUUGUUAGAAGAUGAUGGCGAGUGGCGAAACUGCUUACUUGAAGCAUGUCAAUUUCAAAUGCCUGCAAAAUUACGACAAUUAUUUUCAUUCAUCUGUGUCUUUUGCAACCCGGCAUCUCCCCUGGAACUUUGGGAAGAAUUCAAGACUUCUUUGUAUGAGGACUUUCAUUCAAAUACUGCUGUGCAGGAGAGUAUAAACCUCGCAUUGCACAACAUAGCAGACCAUCUUCAUGCUCAUAACAUGACCCUUACACGCGUUGGAUUGCCAGAACCCACCACCUCACACGAAUAUGUCAGCACAGAUUCCUACGAUGUUGAAACGGAGAAGAAAGAGGGAGAGCAACUGUCAGCAAUGUUGAAUCCGGAGCAGCGUUCCGUUUUUGAAGCCAUAAUGCUUGCGAUCCGAAAUGUUGACGAUGCAUCGCCAAAAACAUUUUGUGUGAAUGCUAUUGCAG